AUGAAAGUCAAGAGCCAGAAACCAGGCGCGCGCGUAUCUCUCAAGUCUUCAAUGACUGACGAAGACAGCCAACUUAGAAGAAUUCAUAGAUUGCUUAGGAAUUUAAAAUCAAAGCUAAAAUUAUUAGAGGAUUUAGUCAGUAAGCGCAACAACGGCGCCGAGGAGCCACGUAGAGAUGGCAGCAGAUUCAGCUACUCUUCCAAGCAGCGCGACAACAAUUGGAAAAGUCUCAAAAUUCUGCCUAACAUCGCUGCCACUGACAAACUCUUCAAUGCUAGAAGCGGCUCUCUCGACGGUAUCAAUCUCCGCCAGCUCAUGGAUCACAUCCAGGCGCUCAGAAUGGCUUUUGUGAACAUUCUCGAGCUCAAUAAGCCAACUAAUGCUUUCCCUUCACUCACCCAACUCUCCGCCAAAGUAGUCGGCUAUUCGAUAAUCAAUUAUGAUCUUAGCUACGUUGAGUAUGGUGACCAAAGUAAUCUUGGCAAGAUCGAAUUAGAAGCACGCAAAAUGGAGGUAGUUGACUAUGUUUACAGCUGCGUACCUGCCCAUCUGAGAACUCUGCUAGUGCCUUCUCAUGCUCUGUCUUUGCUAUUCUUGAGUGAUAUUCUCUCCAAUCAUCACGCAACUGUGUCGUCAUUGCUGCCCACAACUCGCGCACACAGUCUUGAAUUUCAAGACAUAGUCCAUCAGUCUCUUUUAUCCGCUUUCUCAAGUCCCACGCUACCACCUCCUGACUACAUCAGCAACAUGUGUGAUAAAUUCAACGGCGGUGCCCAAGUUAAUCGCUCGCUUAUCAAACUAAUUCCCGCAUACGAGCCAGCACUGGCAACUUGCCGGGCAGUCGAAAGCAUACGUAGCUUCAAGAGCCAUACUUCAGAAAUCCAGGACACAUCUCCUCUGAUACAGUCCAUCUUCGAAUCAUGCUAUCAGUCACCCAUACCACCUUUAAAACUGCGAAAGUGGCUCGACAUUGAAAUACCAAAAUCUCUCUUUGAAAUUGCUUUGAACAAUUCAAUGCCAAGUGCACAGAGCGUGUUACUAUCACUAGCUGUCGAGACAGCCGAUCUUAUUAUCAAAGAGCCGUCAUAUCGCGAGUGGUUUUACAUAGGCUUGAAUCUAUGCUCGGCAGCUCUUACAAUAUUCCAUAGCAACCAUUUCCUAUCUGAGAUUCUCGUUACGUACAUCAAUCAGAUUUCGCGUAUUCCCUUCCUGAAUCGUUCUUUAUCUGAAGCGCUUGACAUGUUCAACCUUGACCUAUUACUCGGAAAGUCUUACUCUAGUGCCCGUAUCCUGAUUGACGUACUUGGAGAAAAUAACUUACUCCCAGUCCAGCUCUGUAUUUUGCGCAAAGCGGUGGAUAAUUUCAUAUCAGUGGAUGGGUAUGAUUAUGCGACAUUAAGAGACAAGAAGCACAUUGCUGAGACAAAAUUUGAGGAAUUGAAGGUGAACUUCGUGCAGACUACGACAUACAAAACGCCAAAGAAGAUUAAUUCGACGGUGAUUGACUUUACACCUUAUCCUGAUGAAAGACUGCAAUCGCAUCGCAAAUUAAUGUCAACAAAUCGCUUCAACCAAAUACAGACUCCACAAACAAAUCAACAAAAGGCAAAGAUUGCACUCGGUCCGAACCAACCGAUUGGUUCCACUUUCCGAUUUCAGGCGCAAAACAAACUCUUUGGAUUUGGCUCUCCAUUCGUCGUCAAGCGCGACUGGAGGCAAAGGAGAGAGGGUGAUGAUGAGGGUGAUAUGGGUGUUAGUAGUAGUCAAGAAGAAGAAACACUGAUCAGUGGUACUGAAACUAAAGAUUUAGAAGUUAAAGAGUCGCUUCCAGCUCCUCAGGAAGACUCCAGUGAGUACUAUCACCAGUCACCCGAAUCUUCGGAAGGGAGCGAGCGGGUGACUACAAGCAGGGUCAGAAAGGGCAAUGAGAGUAACAGCGAGAGUGACGCCGUUAUGACGAACCUAAGUGAUGAUCUCGUUGCUUUAAUCAAACACAAGCCCAAAUCUGUCAAACCGGCCAGUCAACAUUUACAAAAAAAGAAGCGCACGAAAUUAGUGCCUAUGUCCAGUCCUAGUCAAAGUGAGAACGAUCACUCGGAGCACGAAGCACAGCUGAAACACGUCGAGCAACUAAAUCAGGCAGAUACGAAGUUUUUCUCCCGUGAAAGUAGUGAUUUCGACUCAUUGAAUCAUCCAAAGCGACAAGAAAAACUUGGAUAUGAGAGAAAGCCAACACAAGACCUUGUCUCAUCGGCGCCACCGGAAAAUCUGCAGGAACAGCGCAAGCCUUUAUCUUCUUUCUCGAAUAUUCGUGAUAAAAAUCCACCUCUGCGUAGUCCCAAAACAAGGCGCUCUUUACCAAGACAAUUAUCAACGUCGCAGCCACAGCCUACAUCUAAAGCACUCGAAAAAUUAUCUAAUAGAUCAACACUGUCGAAGCGCAAGAGUACGUUGAUGGAAGCUACUCCUUUGAAUCAGUUAAGCAUGCCACGUAAAAGUCAACGUAGAUUAUCGCAUGUGAUUGAUUUCGAUGAAACGUCGGAAGACGAUGAAAGUAAUAUAGCUAAAACUUCCGCGGCUAGGCAACAAUCACCACCUCUCAGCAACAACGCCCUCAUUCACAAAUCGAGUGAAGUGACUAACGAAUCAGCAGCACCAAAGCCUUCUAAAUCUAUACCCCAAAUACAACUACUCAAAGAACAGGAAGAAAGCUCUCAAAACCCGCUCUCGAAAUCUGCUCCUCAACCUUUAUCGUCUAAAAGUAAUUUACAACCCAAACAAGCCCACCCUAAUGCUGGUAUUACACGUCGCAAAAGCACAUUGAGCGAUUUGACGGGACACGGCGCUCGGGCUGACCCUAUCUUAAAGGUUGCACAAUGGAUGGAAACAAGUACGUACACCAAGGCAGAUUCUUAUGUAGCUCGUGUAGAGCGUAAAGAUAAAAAAAAUGGUGAAAAGAAUAGUAAAAUACGCGAAAAGGGGAAACAGAGAUAUAUUGCGCUACCCAGUGAUAAUAAGACAGAUAAGACGCAAGAGCAUACAAAUUUAAGGAGGAUGGAAAAAGAGGUUGAAGAAAGGAAAAAGAAAGGAGAAAUGGAGCAAAAACAGGGGAUGUUGAAAAAAGGAGAGAAUUUUCGAAAGACUGUAAAGUCAAAUGGGCAAGAUCACAGUCGCAAACCCAAUAUCAAUCCCUCGAGCAGUAAUGGACGAAGCUUUCACUCUCAAAAUCGCCAUAUCAGCGGACCAAUUGACCUAUCAUCUGACAGCGUGCAGACUAAAUCUUCCACCUCAUCAUCCUCAACAUCUUCUUUCGCGUCUGAGUCCUCAUCCUCGGAAGAGGCAUCACCAGCUCAAGACAGACUCGAGAUGCUACGACAGAAAGUGAUGGCCAAGUACAAGAACAAGUCGUCGAUGCUAGAUGCGACACUGAAGCGUAUGCACAGCCGAACUAGCGGAAGCAAGACACGUGAAUGA